CUGAGAUCGGUUACCCUUAACGUUCGACAUGCUUAUAACGUUUUUUGCACGAUUGAUACCAUUAUAAAUUAUAAAAUUAAACAUUUUCGUCAUAUUGACUAGUUUCAUUCAUUUUAUCAAGAUAUAUACUUUGGUUGUUAGGUAGUAACUAGGGUGCAUAACAACAAUGGAGAAUUGAGUUUUUAUUUAGUUGACAAUAAUUUUAAGUACAAUUUUGAUUAUUAUAAAUUAAAAUAUGAGCGAAAGUGAAUUUGAAGAAAUUGAACGGGCUUGGGAAGAAGGGUGUUCCGCAAUUAUUCCCGAAAAAUCCAAAAUCCGUUAUCAAAAUACCUACCAAAGUUUUAAAAAAUGGUGCGAAGGCAAGAAUUUAAGAAUCGAAGAAAAGACUCUAUUGGCAUAUUUCGUUCAAAGACAUAUGCAGUUGAAAGCUCCUGGAAGCCUCUGGGCAGAAUAUUCAAUGAUUAAAUCCACCGUUUUUCUUUAUGAUGGCAUUGAUAUUUCCAAGUUUUCAACUUUGAUUGCGUAUUUGAAGAGAAAAAAUGUUGGCUAUAGGCCUAAGAAAGCGAGCAUUUUUACACGGGAGCAAUUUGAAAAAUUUCUGAUGGAAGCACCGGAUGAAGAAUUUCUAGUUCACAAAUAAUUUAACAAAUUGUACCAUAAGUUUCAAUAUUAAUAAAUAAUUCGUUAGUUUUCUUUAUUCUUUCAAAAAAUAAAUUAAAAUUAAGAGAUUUUUUAACUCGACAGUAAGUGAAUUACUUACCGUCGAGUUGGAGUACUUACCGUCGAGUUGGAUUACUUA